UGUUGAAACAAAUACAUAAUUUAAAAGAAAAGAACAAGCAAGAUUGAAUAUUUUUCAUUAAGAAAUAAUAAUAAGUGAAAUAAUCACAUAAUCACAUAACAAUCGCGUAUUUUGAAACAUAUAUAUGUAUGUAUAUAUUGAAAAUAUAACGCAUUAAAAAGAAAAAGAAGAAAUUUACAAAUAUCCUUGAAUUUUUCAAGUAUAUUUAUAUUUCAAAAUCGUGUGUGUAUUUUCCUGAGGCUGUGAAAUAGUCAUCGCAUCGAUCGUCACAAUUAGUCUGAGUCAAACAGUUGAACUAAUCGGUAGGUUUUUGGCGGUCGUUUUAGUUUUCCAUCGGAUCACGUUUCUGGGGAAAAUUUGGUUUUCUACGAUAAAUAUUAUUUAAAAAUUUAUUAACUAUGAUGAAAACGUCUACUGAAGAGAGUCUGCAUUUCAUCAGACAGUCGUUGAAAUCGGAAGAAAUGGAUCAUCUCGAAGGAAUUCAUUUUGAUCGAAAUUAUCCUCAUGUGUUUGUAACACUAGGAGCUUCUGGUGACUUAGCAAAGAAAAAAAUCUAUCCAACGCUAUGGUGGUUGUUUAGGGAUAAUCUUUUACCAAAAACUACCACAUUCUUUGGUUACGCACGUACAAAUAUGUCUGUGAACCAAUUACGAGCAAAAUGUCAUCCAUAUAUGAAAGUAAAAUCGGAUGAGGAGAAAAAAUAUGAAGAAUUUUGGAAAUUAAAUUACUACGUGACUGGUCAGUAUAAUUCGCAAAAAGGAUUUGAAGUAUUAAAUAAUGAAUUGAAGAAAUAUGAGGAAGGCUACAAUAUUACUAAUAGAUUGUUUUACUUGGCCUUACCACCGAGUGUAUUUGAAAAUGUAACCGUGCAUAUUAGGAAUAUUUGUAUGAGUGAUAAAGGAUGGACCAGAAUAAUUAUAGAAAAACCAUUCGGUCGCGACGCGGCUACGUCACAAAUUUUGUCCGAUCAUCUCGCAUCCUUAUUCAGAGAAGAUCAGAUUUAUCGUAUCGAUCAUUAUUUGGGAAAAGAAAUGGUUCAAAAUUUAAUGACUCUACGAUUUGGUAAUCGAAUAUUCAGUCCAACAUGGAAUAGGGAUAAUGUGGCCUCUGUACAAAUUACAUUUAAAGAACCAUUUGGUACGCAAGGAAGAGGCGGUUACUUCGACGAAUUUGGUAUCAUUAGGGACGUCAUGCAGAAUCAUUUAUUACAAAUCUUGUCAUUGGUUGCGAUGGAGAAGCCAGCGUCUUGUCAUCCGGAUGAUAUACGAGAUGAGAAGGUAAAAGUGUUAAAGUGCAUAAAGACUUUGACGCUGGACGAUGUUGUAUUAGGUCAAUAUAUUGGUGAUCCUGAAUCCGAUAAUCCUGAUGCUCGACUUGGCUAUUUGGAUGAUGCUACUGUACCUUCCGGUUCAAUUACGCCCACAUAUUCCCUUGCUGUGCUGAAAAUUAAUAACGAGCGGUGGGAUGGUGUUCCGUUUAUCCUCAAAUGUGGAAAAGCUUUAAAUGAACGAAAGGCAGAAGUUAGAAUACAAUAUCAGGAUGUACCUGGCGAUAUAUUUGAUGGAAAAGCGAAGAGAAAUGAAUUGGUAAUUAGAGUACAACCAGGUGAAGCAUUAUAUAUUAAAAUGAUGACGAAAUCACCUGGUAUUACAUUCGAUAUGGAAGAAACAGAAUUAGAUCUUACAUAUGGUUCUAGAUAUAAGGAUCUAAAACUUCCGGAUGCAUACGAACGAUUAAUUUUGGAUGUAUUUUGUGGCUCGCAAAUGCAUUUUGUACGUAAUGAUGAACUUUCGCAAGCAUGGAGAAUUUUUACGCCCUUGCUUCAUCAAAUAGAAAACGAAAGAAUUAAACCAAUUCCGUACACAUAUGGUUCACGAGGACCCAAAGAAGCAGAUGAAAUGGCAAAGGAAAAUAAUUUCGCUUAUUAUGGUUCAUACAAAUGGGUGAAACCAUAAAUAGAAUUUUUGUUAUAUAAUAAUGUAUAAUUCUG